GCCCUGCCCUGCUGGGGACCCUCCUCCAUCACACGGAUUCGAGGAAGAGCUUGGCUGUGGAGCAGGGCACCAUGAAGGUGGAGCUGCUGCCCGCGCUGACCGACAACUACAUGUACCUGCUCAUAGACGACAACACCGGGGAGGCCGCCGCUGUGGACCCCGUGCAGCCCCAGAAGGUUGUGGAGGCGGCGAGAAAGCAUGGGGUGAAGCUGACCACGGUGCUCACCACACACCACCACUGGGACCAUGCCGGCGGGAACGAGAAGUUGCUCAAGCUGGAGCCGGGGCUGAAGGUGUGCGGAGGCGAUAGCCGGGUGGCGGCCCUGACUCACAGAGUCACACACCUGUCCACUCUGCAGGUGGGGGCUCUCACCGUCAAGUGCCUGGCGACCCCGUGUGACACGUCAGGACACAUCUGCUACUUCGCGAGUGAGCCGGGCAGUGCUGAGCCCCCUGCCGUGUUCACAGGCGACACCUUGUUUGUGGCUGGCUGCGGGAAGUUCUACGAAGGCACCGCGGACGAGAUGUACAAGGCCCUGCUCGAAGUCCUCGGCCGGCUCCCUCCAGACACGAAAGUCUACUGUGGCCACGAGUACACCAUCAACAACCUCAAGUUCGCACGCCACGUGGAGCCCAGCAACCCCGCGGUUCAGGAGAAGCUCACCUGGGCCAAGGAGAAGUACGGUAUCGGGGAGCCCACGGUGCCGUCCACCAUCGCAGAGGAGUUCACCUACAACCCGUUCAUGAGAGUGAGGGAGAAGACGGUGCAGCAGCAUGCAGGCGAGUCGGACCCCGUGGCCACCAUGCGGGCCAUCCGCCGGGAGAAGGACCAGUUCAAGGUGCCCCGGGACUGAGGCCACCGCGCAAGGUCGGGGCGUCUCUGGGGCCCGCUCCCGCCAGUUGUGUGGGAGAUUCCGUCUCUGCUCAUUUCAAACGGAGCUCAGCCUUUGCCUGUGCUCUUAGAAUCCGAAUGUGUAGUGAUGAGGGGUUUUAAAAGUAUUUAUUCCUGUACCUCCGCCUGCAGACUCUGCACUGCCCCGGCUUGUACGCGUGAGCCUCUGCGGGGGCCCUGGGCUUGCAGGACGCCCCAGCGAGACCUGCCCCUCCCUGCUGCCUGUUCUCUCAUCUGUGCUCGGAGCCGGGCCGCUGCGGGUGGGGCUCCCUCAGCACCCGCUUCCCCAGCAUAGCUGCCCUUCCCUCCACCAGCCUUCCCCCGAGGAGCCAGUGCCAGCCUAGAGGAGCCAGUGCCAGCCUAGAGGAGCCAGUGCCAGCCUAGAGGAGCCAAGCUCCUGGGCCUGUCAUUGCAGGGCCCCUCCUCACCCACCCAGAGCCGCCAGGCUGGGCCCCUGCGGUCGGAGCUGCAGCGCUCCGGCUUGCCAGGCCAGCGAGGGUCUGGGCUGGACGGCAGGCAGGGAGCUCCUGGCUUGGCCCUGUGGCCCUGUGCCUGGCUUGGGUGCGAGUGCCCUUUAGAGGCAGGAGGUAGGCCUGGCCCAGCUGUCUGGAGCCUCAGCCAUGUGGCAACAGCAGUGUCCCUGUGGCCCCGUGGACAAGCGUGCUCAGCCCACACCGUCCCCUCCUUCCCCACCUCCACGAAGGCUACCUCCCUGCCUGUCCUGCGCUGUGUCAUCCCUGAGCAGGCUCUGGAAGCCUCCUGGUGGUGGCAGGUGUCCAGGCCUAAGCAGCCUAUGGCCCUGGUCUUACCCGCUCAGGCUGCCCUGCAGGGAGAGGUCCCCGGACUGCCUUGGAUGAGCCCCAAAAGCUCACAGCAGUACCCUGGGAAGCCGCCACCCUAGAUGCAGCUCUGACCUGUGACCUCAGCGUCCCCCUGGGCCCUGGAGUAUGUGGCGGGCGGCCCCACCUCCUCUAGACCCUGGCUCAUGUCCUACGGUCACAUCUAGGGCAGGACGCUGGGGGUCCCAGCCACCCAAGGCCCUGAGAAGGGAGGAGAGGGGUGUGCGGCGCUGACCCAGGGCUGGUGGGACUGUAGGACCCCCCUGCGUGGAGUGGGGCAGGCUGCCCUGGGCAUGGUCACUUUGGCUCCCGUCCCAGUGUGAGCGAGGUGGCCUGUGCCCACCCUCCCAGGACCCUCGGCUGUUCCCUAUGUGUGUGUCCUUUUUGCUCCUGGGGCUCAGCCGUCUUGGGGCCACACUGCCUGACCCCUGUCCAGACAUUUGAGUUGCACAGUGGGAAUGCGGACAUACUCACAGAAGGCCCUCGGUUCAUGCCCUGGCCCCGGAGCAUGCGGGCACACACGUGCCCACGACUAGGGCGGCUGCCGACGAGGGUACACUGCGGCGUGAGGACCGUGCUGCGUGCCCGUCUGUCCGUCUCUGUCUCAUGGAAGACAAAUAAACUUUAACACUGCA